AUGAGCCAUCGCUGGGCUGCGGGCAUUUUGUGCUUGGUCCUAGGGAUCACAGCCUUUUGUGGAAUUCCACAGCGCCUUGAGCGGCGUUCGCGAGUUCUGCGCCGUGCGGACUCGGACCGUACGGACUACUGGAGCUUGCUGGGCGUGGAGCCGGGAGCCAGCGUCAAAGAGGUGAAGCGAGUUUUCCGCCAGCGGGCGAAGAAGGAGCACCCGGAUGUCAACAAGAGCCCAGACGCUUUACAGCGCUGGCGCACCAUUUCUGAUGCCUACGGGAAGCUUAUUGACCCCGCAUAUCGGCGCCAGUGGGAGCAAUCCCAUGCUCAAGCUUCAUCAUUUUCAUCCAGAUCUCAAAGGCCCCGCUCCUCUCAAGCCUCCAGCUCUCGGGCUGGGCCAAGCCCCCAGGACUUCAACGACUUUGGGAACUUUGGCUCCGACGCGUCCUUUGGCAAGCGUCGGGACUGGGCGGCGGCGAGCGUGGACGCCUUCCGCGAUUUGCUGCGCCGCGCCGAGCGCCUGAGCAAAUCGUCACUGGGCUCCUUCAGCGUGCCGAACGUGCGCCGCGGCUUCGACGACGUCCUCCGUGGCCGUGCGAGUCGGGGCUCCUCCAUGGCGGCCCGGGAGGCGCGGGCGGCGGAGCUGGAGCUACAGCAGGUCCGAGACAAAGUCGCGCGGCUGCGCACGGACGCGGCACUGUGCCUGGAGCUCUCCGACAAGUUUCGGCAGACCGGGCAGAAGCAGAAGGAAUUGGAGGCUGGCAAGAGGACUUUGCAGCUGCGUGCAGAUUUGAAGAAAGCCCGUUCUAGGGCUCGCGCGCUCUCGGAGCAGGUUGAGUACUGGAGAGACCUUGAAGCAUCAGAAUUCGCACCAGUGUGA